AUGAAGAUAUCCGCCCCAGAAGUGGAAGGGUACCUUACCCUCCCACUGCAAUUCCCCUCAACUUCAAUCUUCCCCCAAGCAGCAGCUCACUACCUUUACAUCCGCCCCCACGAACCUCGCAUCCCAGACCCAGACUCCACCCGCUCUCUCUUCAUCGUCAACGCCCCCAUCGACACAACAGAAACCCACCUCCGCCACCUCUUCGGCAAACAGCUCUCCGCCGGCCGUGUCGCCAGCGUGCAAUUUGAAGAUGUACCAACCAAGAAAGCCGGCGUAGCAGCCGCGACAGAAAGCAACCUUUCGCACCGCAACAAAAAGCGCAAGCGCGCAACAGCCGACGACCUCCAAUCCACACUAGACCAGAUCAACCUCCCAGAAACCUGGGAUCGCAAGCUCCACAAGAGUGGCACACACGCCAUCGUUGUCUUCGCAGACCGCGCUAGCAUGGAAGCGAGUCUGAAGGCCGUCGCAAAGGCUGUGAAGAAGGGCUCAUCGAUCAUCUGGGGUGAAGGAAUCCCAGAGGGCCGGGUCCCUGAACUUGGUAUUCGUCGUUAUCGCACACACGACCGGGCGCGGUACCCAGCCCGCGCGGAGGUUCUUUCUGCUGUCAAUGACUUCAUGACUAGGGUUUCUGAGGCACGGAAGAGAGAGGAGACGAGGAAGUUGGCUGAGCCUGAUGAGGAUGGCUUCGUUACUGUUACACAUGGACCUAAGUUGAAUUCUAUUGCAAGGGAAGACGAGAUGAAGGAGUUGGUUGAGCGACAGAAGAAGAAGGCGGCAGGAUUGGAGGACUUUUAUCGGUUCCAGUCUCGUGAGAAGAGGAAGGAGAAACAACAGGAAUUGCUUAGGCAGUUUGGAGAGGAUAAGAAGAAGUUGGAGGAGAUUAAGAUGCGGAAGGGCAAGAUUCGGCCUGAGUGA